CUUUAAACUACUUUUCUGUAUGAGAAUAAGGUUUUGACCGAAACGACCACUCGAAAUUCGCUUUGUAACUCCGCUACCUUAUCCACACUUGGGAAGCGCAUCUUGAGAGUAAGCCCAUAUUUGUGCUUUCUGUAUCAAAUUUGUUAGAUUUUUCCCCGUUCUCCACUUUGUGCCUUUUUUUUUCUGUCUCUCUCCAAAGAAAAAAAAAAAGCUGCUCUCAACGAACGAUUGAAUUGGAACAGUUAGAAUGAGUGAUCAAUAUGAAGUUAGAAUAAGAGAGCUAAAAGCAAAGAUUGCGCAAAACGAAAGAAUGCGCGACAAAGCCUAUCAGCUUAAGCCUCUAUUGACAGAUCGCAACGCACUUUCUCAAUGUGAAACUGAAAUUCGAGAAUGCCAAAAAUAUAUCGAUUACUUUACGGAAGAACUCGCGAAAAUGGAAUCAAGAAAGGGAUCUGAUUCGAAUGUCAGUAACUAUCAUAGCAACGAAACUGUUGAUAAUGCAUCAGUUACUAAAGACGACUCUGCGCCACCGCCACGAACGAGCAGUAUCUCGAAUGAUGGUCCGGUAAAGAAAUACUCGACUCUAGAUUUACUGACCACUGAAACUUUGUAUAACAAAUCGAAGGUGUCCCUUAAGCUUCAUGAAUUGGAAUAUAAACUAGACGUUGAGAAUAAGGUCUUGGCCGGUAUAAAGACCAUGGCUGACGUGUUGGAUAAGGAUUCAUCACUGAGUGACAGAAAGAGAAGAUCAGAAUUACAAGGCCAAAUGUAUGAAAGUAUUGAGAAACUGAACCUCUUAACGAAAGCUUUGAGAAAAUACAAAAGCCUUUAUAUUGGCGAAGGUGAUGAGGACGAUGAUUGUGAACUUGAAACGCCUCCAUCUGCUCGUAUGCCUCCUGGAUUUAGAAGACCCGUGACAGGAAAGCUGCAACUUGAACUUAUACAAGCUCGUGGAUUAGCUCACGCGCCCACAAGAAUGUUCAAGAUGCCCGAUACGAUCGUUUACGUCAAAAUUGAUGGUAAUAUUGUCUUCCGUUCAAAGCUGUCACGAAACGACAAAUGGCUUGAUAUGUGUGAAACACAUGUCAACAAGGCGACCGAGGUAGAAAUUUCUAUCUAUGACCAAGAGGCCGAACGCAGCUUGCCUAUUGGUUUGUUCUGGUUGAAGAUUACCGAUAUUGCUGAAGGUUUACGUAAGAAAAAAAUUCAACAAGAAAGCGGCCCUGGAUGGGUUCCUGCGGAUGUAUACCAAAAACAAGAAGAAGAAGGAGGUAACCAAAAACUGCAUUUGGAGCAGCAACAGCAGGUUGUCCCACAACAACCAACACGCGUCGAUGCUACUGAGGAUGGUAUACAGGCUUGGUUUGACGUGGAGCCUUCUGGUGAAAUGUUAUUACGUGUUAACUUUGUUCGUGAGGCUGCCAAUCGCCGUCCAUUAGACAAAUUGGGUCGUGCAGGCGCCGUAAGACAGCGUAAAGAAGAAGUUCAUGAAAUGAAUGGCCAUCAAUUUGUUGAAAAGAAGUUUUACAAUAUCAUGCGUUGUGCUCUUUGUGGUGAAUUCAUGGUGAAUGUUGGAUAUCAGUGUGAUGAUUGUGAAUAUACCUGCCAUAAGAAAUGUUAUACAAAAGUUGUCACCAAAUGUAUAUCCAAAUCUAGCUCUGAUAAAGAUGCAGACGAAGACAAACUUAACCAUAGAAUUCCUCAUCGCUUCGAACCCAUCACCAAUAUCGGUGCCAACUGGUGCUGUCAUUGUGGUUAUAUGCUACCUUUAGGAUCUCGAGGCGCCAAGAAAUGUUCAGAAUGUGGAAUUACUUGUCAUACAAAGUGUCAACAUUUUAUCCCAGACUUUUGUGGUUUAUCUAUGGAAAUGGCCAACCAAAUGCUUGCCGAAAUCAAAGCAGCUAAUAAGAGGAAAACGCUGGAGGGAACAGUGACCCCAUCUACAUCGUCCACCACGAGUACGAAACCAGCACGUUCAUCUCGUCAUGAGGAGGAAAAUAAACUUGCUGAGAAUAUGUCGCAGAUAUCCUUAAACCAACAAAAGCCUCUGCCUAAGCCUUAUCAGCCUCAACAGCAGCAACAAUCUCAACCUCAAUCUCAGUCGCGUCCACAAACUGUACCUCAACAACAGCAGAGUGCGCCUUCACAGUCAUCUCAUGGUUAUCCAUCAAUGGUUCAAACGCCCUCGAUGCAGAAUCAAGUUCACCUUUCUCCACAACAGCAGCAGCAGCAGCAGCAACAGCAAAAGCAUCACAACCAUCAGCAGCAAAUACCCUCCAUGCCUAUGCCUAUGCCUAUGCCAUCGCAGCAACAAUCUCAUUAUGCCACUACUGGUCAUAGCCCUGUAGCAGCACCGCCUCCGCCUGUUUUGCCCCCUCAUGCCCAACCUUACUAUCCUCAGCAGCAGCAACAACAACAAUACCCUAUUCAAACAAAUGAUCCUCGUUAUCAACAGCAAUUUGAUCCUCGUUAUCAGCAAAAUCAGAUGCGCCCUGCUUAUCCACCGCAGCAAUCUAAUAUUCGACCUGCCCCUACGUUUAACCAACAACCACCAUCACAACAUAGUAUGGAGAUGAUGCGUCCUCCUCAGAUGCAAAUGAAACCUCAAUCACCUCAACAACAACAACAACAAAGACGUGUUACAUUGAAUGAUUUCAACUUUUUGUUUGUGCUUGGUAAAGGCAAUUUCGGUAAAGUCAUGUUAGCUGAGGAUAAAUAUGAUAAACGAUUAUACGCCGUAAAGGUAUUGAAGAAGCGAUUCAUUAUUGAUAACGACGAAAUUGAAAGUGUUCGCUCAGAAAAGCGUAUCUUCCAAGCUGCUAACCGUGCUAAACAUCCAUUUUUGAUUGGGUUGCAAUCCACUUUCCAAACGGAAUCGCGUGUUUAUUUCGUAAUGGAAUAUGUAAGUGGUGGUGAUUUGAUGUGGCAUAUCCAACGUGAACCAUUUUCUGAACGAAGAGCAAAAUUCUAUGCUUGUGAAGUCCUUUUAGCUUUAGAAUAUUUCCAUAGCCAAGGUAUUAUUUACCGUGAUUUGAAGUUGGAUAAUAUCAUGCUCGGGUUGGAUGGUCAUAUCAAGGUUGCAGAUUAUGGUCUAUGUAAGGAAAAUAUGUGGUAUGAGGAUACAACUGGUACAUUCUGUGGUACGCCAGAGUUUAUGGCACCUGAAAUUCUACUAGAACAAAAGUAUGGUCGCGCAGUUGACUGGUGGGCAUUCGGUGUGCUUGUAUAUGAAAUGUUAUUAGGUCAAUCACCUUUCCGUGGUGAAGAUGAGGAUGAAAUUUUCGAUGCUAUUUUAGAAGAUGAGAUUCUUUAUCCUGUCAAUAUGUCGAGAGAUUCAGUAUCUAUUUGUCAAAGAUUACUUACUCGUGACCCCAAGAAGAGAUUGGGCGCUGGACCAAAUGAUGCAGCUGAAAUCAAGGAACAUCCAUUCUUCCAAGGUGUUAACUGGGAUGAUAUGCUCGCGAAACGCGUCCCACCACCCUUCUGUCCUACCAUUUCAGGCCCACUGGAUACCUCCAACUUUGAUGAAGAAUUUACUCGUGAGCGUCCUGCCUUGACGCCCAUCAAUAAUGUAUUGAAUCGUGUUGAACAACAAGAAUUCCAAAACUUCUCAUAUGUCGCUGAUUGGUCUCAUGCCGGUGGUCCCAAUUGGUAAAUCCUCCUCACCCCACAAUAGAGAAAAGCCAUACUCAUGAAAAACAACAUUCUAUAAAUACAAUUUGUCAUCUUUUUUCUUCCCCUUCUUUUUCUAUAUGUCUUUUCGGUAUACAAUUUAAAUUAAA